UCACUUUCCGCGUUUUUAUGAUAAAAGCAACAAAAAAUCGCACAUAACAUAAAAACACACACAAACAUCAUAUUACACACAUCUGUCUGUAUGUAUAACAACAGAAUCCUUAACGACAAGGAGAAAUGAAGUUCUGUAAGAGAUAUGAAGAGUACAUGCAAGGACAACACCAUCAAAAACUACCUGGGGUGGGCUUUAAAAACCUUAAAAAGAUCCUGAAAAGAUGUCGGAAACAAGAACAAGAACACCAUAAAUUGCAUUUGCAGAACUUGAGCCUCGAAAGUCGCGCCAGCUCUUCUGCCCAGCUUCAUGAUUCAUCCUCUUGCCCUGAUCAUUGUUCGGUUUGCGAUGGCACGUUUUUUCCAUCCCUUCUCAAUGAAAUGUCUGCUGUGGUGGGUAGCUUCAAUGAGCGUGCACAAAAGUUGCUCGACUUGCAUUUAGCUUCAGGUGUUCAGAAGUGCUUUAUUUGGUUCAAAGACAAACUACAGGGAAACCAUGUUGCUUUAAUCCAAGAAGGCAAGGACCUGGUCAGUUAUGCAUUAAUCAAUGCCAUUGCCAUGCGUAAGAUACUGAAGAAGUAUGAUAAGAUUCAUUAUUCCAAUCAAGGCCAAGCUUUCAAGUCACAAGUCCAAAGUAUGCAUAUUGAGAUCCUUCAGUCCCCCUGGCUAUGUGAACUAAUGGCUUUCCACAUUAAUUUGAGAGAAACAAAGACCAAGAAAAGAGAUGCCCCUGAUUUCUUUGAUGGUUGUUCCCUCGAAUUCAAUGACGGAAAACCAUCUCUCUCUUUUGAGCUCCUUGAUUCUGUCAAGAUUGACAUAGACUUGACUUGUCCGAUAUGCUUGGAUAUAGUUUUUGAUGCGGUAUCUCUAACUUGUGGCCACAUCUUCUGCUAUAUGUGUGCUUGCAAGGCUGCAUCAGUGACAAUAGUGGAUGGACUGAAAGAAGCACAGUCCAGGGAGAAAUGUGCUCUCUGUCGAGAGGCAGGGGUCUAUGAAGGUGCUCUCCAUCUAGAAGAGUUGAACAUUUUAUUAAGUAGAAGUUGUCCGGAAUACUGGGAGGAACGUCGACAGUCUGAAAGAGCUGAGCGUACGAAGCAGGCAAAAGAACACUGGGAAUCCCAAUGCCGACUAUUUACCGGUGUCUGAACCUAAUUUCUCUUUUUAGUAGUUUGUUUACCUUUGCUUUGUUUCAACACUUUAAUGAACAUUAUUCUUUUGACAUGGACCAAAAUGCUGUUGAAAGACAUCAGAGCUUCUUAAAUCAAUUUGUAAUCUUUGUGUUACAUUUCA